CACGUGAUACGACAGCGAGUGGCCGGUGUGUCAGUGUGUGUGGACCCUCAGCAGCAGCAGCAGCAGCAGCAGCAGCAUCAUCAUCAUCAUGGCAUCGGCCGGCAGUGCCUCGUACUUUCAGAGAGCCAACCUCUUCUGGAUGGCAGUCAUCGUAAUCUUCUUGAGCUUCUUCACUUGGACCGUUUUCUGGCCGACACAAGUCCCUUAUGAACAGCUGGGGCCUCUAGGGUCACUUGCUGAGUACCUGGUGAAGAAUUACUACAAUGUCAUGUAUCGUGGGUAUUGGGUUACAUGGGUGAUCCAUAUUUCCGAAGCCUCGUAUGGUUUAUACCUCUGCAGUACUAAAGGAAUUGUGGACUCUGGAGCCAGGAUCAUGUGGGUCAUACAGACUUUACUGUUUGGAUAUGCUUCCCUCUCUCUCCUGGUUGCAUACCAGCCACCAAAGAAACGAAAAUAGACCAAGAGGAAGAGAUGAACUGGCAGCCACAGACCACGUGUUUCCUGGAACAAUGAACUCUAAUAUUCUUACACUUUCAAAGACCUGUUGUAUAAAAUCCUAAGAAGCCUCAACGUUUUCUCUUAAUUCCUUUUUUAAAGUCUCUCAGCCACGGAUGAUUUUAGGAUUUCUUUUAUAAACUCUUAAUCACGCCCUUAAAACCCCAGUCAUAAAAAUUACAGGCAGAAAUUUCUGUGGGGAAACGCUGAACAGGAAACAUCCUGUAUAACUGGGACACUAAGAUGGAGACCGACUAGUGGAAUAAACUGGUCACCAUCCUUUAGGAAUGUGGAACAAGGUAAUUAGUUGACUAUCAUAAAGGAAUAUUAUGGUUUCUGGUCCAAUAAACAAUGAUUUUUUUGUGAUUUUUCUUUUACAAAUUUCAACAUGGUUUCAUUUUGUUUUGAUGCACAAUGUGUUAUGCUCUUUUGCCCUUAAUAAGUAUGAACUGCUGUAUGACCUAUACAUUAUCAAAUAAAACACUUUUACUAUGGAAA